AUGGCAAAAUCUUCUUUGCUACUAUUGAUCAUGAUUACCCUAUUCAUAAUUUUACAAGCUGUGUUCGCAUCACAUUCAUUUUCUUAUCCUCUCUCAGUCAAGAAUAGAAGGAUUGUUGAAGAAAACACAGGGAAACGUGUGAAGCUAAGAUGUGCAAAUUGGCCAGCACACUUGAGUGUAAUGUUGGCAGAGGGUUUGAACAAACAAACUCUAAGCAACAUUGUCACCAACAUUUCUUCUUUUGGCCUUAAUUGCGUUCGUCUCACUUGGGCAACCUUCAUGUUUACUCGUCACUCUAACCAAACCAUUUUACAAACCCUUGAUGCUUUGAAAUUGGAAGAGACCAAAUUAGGGAUCAUGAAGUAUAACAAUGAUUUCCUGAACAUGACUCAUCCUCAAGCCUAUGCUUUUGUUGUUAAACAACUUUUCAGUGCCAACAUUAUGGUUGUCGCCGAUAACCACGUCAGCAAGGCGAAAUGGUGUUGCAACUACAACGACAGCAAUGGUUUCUUUGGAGACUCACAUUUUGAUCCUGAUGAGUGGGUGCAGGGACACAUUUUGGCAGCUCAACUUUUCAAGAAUUUACCCAAUGUGAGUAUCGAUAUUAAUAUUUAUAACUUAGAAGACAGAAGGUAA